AUGAAUAGUCAGUAUAAGCAUAAGAGAAGUAUCGAUGAAAAUUACGAUGAUUUCAAUAAAUUAAAUUUUAAAAUUUUUACGAACAAUAAAACAUUUCAUUUAAAUUUACAUAUGGACCAUACAAUAUUUAGUAAUGAUUUACAAAUUAUAUCAAAAAAUCAAGCAUUACAGUUUGAUAAAACUAAAGUAUAUGUUGGAACAUUACAAGAUGAUUUAGACUCACACGUUGAAGGUAUAAUAACAGUUGAUGGUUUAUUUGAUGGUUUAAUACAAACUAAAACAGAUACAUAUUACAUAGAACCAUUGCAUAGAUAUGUAAAUACGUCUACAGAUACAUAUCAUAGUAUUUUAUAUAAAUUAAGUAAUGUUAUACAUCCAUUACAUUUAAAUAAUAAAAAUAGUACCCUUGAUUGUGCAUCACAUUUAUUACAUUUAAAACAACAACAUGAAAGAACUAAAAGGUGGUUACUACAAUCUGAUCAUGUAAACGAUCAUGAUAAUGGUGAUGAUGUAUAUAAUACACAUACAACAACAACAACAAGAACAAUAAGAACAACAAGAACAUACAAUUAUAAUCAUAAUAAUAAUAUUGAUAAAAAUUAUAUAAUCAUUGGUACUGGUAGUAAUACAAAUAUUUUUAAUCGAUAUGACAUAUCUGAUUCAUUGGUUAAUAAUUCUAAAAAUAAACGUACAUUAUCAAGUACAAGUACAAGUGUUGAUCCAAACAAAACAACUUGUAUGUUAUAUUUACAAGCUGAUCAUCAAUUCUAUCAAAAGUAUCAAAGUGAAGAAGCAUGUAUUGAGGUGAUGACAAGGCAUGUACAACGAGUCAAUUCAAUAUACAAAACAACUGAUUUUAAUCAAGAUGGUGUACCAGAUAAUAUAACUUUCAUGAUCAAGCGUAUUAAAGUACACACAACUGACGCACUCAAUGAUCCAUCGUAUCGAUUUCCUAGCAAUUAUGGAGUUGAAAAGUUUUUAGAAAUAUUCUCAGAGGAAGAUUAUGAUGCAUUUUGUUUAGCAUACAUGUUUACCUAUAGAGACUUUGAAAUGGGCACGCUAGGUUUAGCAUGGACUGGUGACUUAAAAAAUGCUGGCGGUGUCUGUGAAAAGAAUGGGCAUUAUCGUGGUAGUUUAAAAUCAUUGAAUACUGGUAUCAUCACAUUAUUAAAUUAUGGUAAACAUGUGCCACCAGCUGUAUCACAUGUUACUUUAGCACAUGAAAUAGGUCAUAACUUUGGAUCACCGCAUGAUCCUGAGAUAUGUACUCCAGGUGGUGAAGAUGGUAAUUUUAUAAUGUUUGCACGGGCUACGUCUGGCGAUAAAAAGAAUAAUAAUAAAUUUUCAACAUGUAGCUUAAAAUCAAUAAAUCCAGUAUUAAAUUAUAAAGCUCGUUCAAUUAAAAAUGGUUGUUUUACAGUACCACAAACAUCUUUAUGUGGCAAUGGUGUUGUUGAAGAGGGUGAAGAAUGUGAUUGUGGUUGGGAAGACGAUUGCCAUGAUAAAUGUUGUAAUCCACAACGUAAACAUUCUAGUACAAGUACAAUCAAUGACGGUUCAUCAAAUAUACCUUGUACAUUGACUACAAACAGUGUUUGCUCACCUUCACAAGGUCCAUGUUGUACCGUUGAUUGUGAACUGAAGUUUGGUGAUAAAUGUCGUGAUGACAAUGGAUGCCGUUCAAGUGCUUAUUGUAAUGGUUUGCAAGCACAAUGUCCACAAUCAAUAUCCAAACCAAACAAGACGAUAUGUAAUGAUGAGUUUGUCUGUUAUAUGGGUGAAUGUACUGGUUCGAUAUGUUUGGCAUAUGGUUUAGAAUCAUGCCAGUGUACACCUGCUAACUCUGCGGAUUUGUUAAAAGCUUGCGAACUAUGUUGUAAAAUGCCUGGUAAUGAAUCCAAAUGUAUAUCGUCGUUUGAAUGGAAUCAAUAUCCAUACGAUAUACCAGAUAUGUAUUCAAAACCAGGUACACCGUGUAAUAAUUAUAAUGGUUAUUGUGAUGUCUUCCAAAAAUGUCGUGAAGUUGAUCCAUCUGGUCCAUUAGCUACACUACGUAAAAUACUAUUAGCUGAUAAUAAUUAUCAAAAGUAUUUAUGGCAUUAUUGGUAUAUUUUUAUUACAAUUGUUUUUAUUACAAUCUUUUUACUGGUUAUCGUUGUAAAAUAUUUUGGAAUAAAGCAAAAUAACAAAUUAAAAACAAUAACAACAAUUAUACAUCACAACAAUCAUCACAGUGCUAGUGCUAGUCAUCAUCGUUUUAAGUAUAAUAAAAAUAAUAAUAGACAUCGUAAACAUGCUGUACCAACAACAAAACAACAAACAACAAUAACGUCAACAAAUGAUAAUAAUAAUGUAAAUAUGCCAGCAACAACAACAACAACAACAAGUAAUAACAAUAAAACUAAUAAAACUACGAAUACAAUAAAUCACCCAAUAGUUCAUACAAAAUUAGCAUUGAAACGUAAAUUAAAAUACAAUAAAGCAAAUAAACAAUAUCAUAUUGUUAAAAAUAAUAAACAAAGUAAAAGUAACAAACAACAACAAACGUCUACGUCGACUCCAAUUAAAUCAAAUAAGCAAAAAGAACAAGUAAAGAAUAAAAAAACUAAAAAGAAUAAAAUAAUAGAUUAUAGUUUACAACAGAAAGAUAUUAAAAAAACAUUAUUAACAACAACUGAUUUAGAUGGUAACAAUACAACAACAACAAUAUCCACAGCAACGUUAGAUCCUGUUAAUAAGGUACAAAAUUGGUUAAUUAAAUCUCAAUUAUUACCUACACCAACAGCAGAACCAAUCAAAAUGUCUAAAUCAAUAUCAACACCAAAUAAUUUAGUAACAACUACAACAAAUAAUAAUAAUAAAAUAAAAAGUAAAAAAGUAAAUAAAAGUAAAAGUAGUGGACAUUUAACAUCUUUAAAUAAAAACAAUAAUAAUAGUAAUAGUAGCAAAAAUAAAAAUGUAUAUAAAAGAAUGAACAGUAACGGUAGUGGCGCAGCCGGUAGGGCAAAUGAUGUAAAUAUAGAUAAAAUAAGUUUACAAGUGAUAUAUAAACCUCCAUUUAAAUUUAGUGUUAAAUUAAAGAAAUUUAAUAAAUUACAAAAUAAACAAAAACAUAAUAAUAAAUUAAUGAUCGUUAGUACUAAUAACAAACAAAAUGGUGGUAAGAGUAAACAACAUGUUACAACAACAAGUAAUAAUAAUAAUAGUGAUAAUAAUGAGAAAAUAAAACAACAACAAUCAAAUAAAAUGACAACAACACCAACAACUAACAAUACUGUUGUAAAUAAUAAUGAAUUAUUAUUAAAUAAUGAUACAAAUGUAACAACCGUCCAAUCAGAUUUAGAAGUAUUAUUAUCAGAAAGUGAAUUCUUAUUUACAGAUGAUAACAUUACCGAUCAAGAUGAUUUAUAA